AUGAGUCCAUCAUCGUCUGUGUCAGGGUCAUCCGGAGCGGAGUCAUGCGAUGAGGACUUCUCUGUCAUUGAGCGCCUUGCCGAUGCUAUUCGCACCGAAGAAGACGUCAGGUUCUCGCCCGAUGAGAGAGCAUUACUUGUCAAAGAAUUGUAUGAGGGGCCGAGGAAGUGCCAGUGCUGCGUAAACUGGAUCGAAGAAUGCCCCGAGCACGUCGUUGUUCCUGUUUUCGAUGAGCCGGAGAAAGAGAUCGAUGUUGGACCACCUCUCGUCAUUCGAAGACGUGUAAAUCACAGCGAGAACAGUACCCUCGUGUCGCUCGACUCGAUCGAAAUCCGCCAUGCAGCAGCACGCCAGGUAUUGCUCGACGUCUUUAGCAUGUAUGACGGCUUUGUCGGCGUCAUUCGACACUUGGUAUUCAAGGCGCCGUUCCAUGUGUUCUUCUGGCAUUGGGACCGCUUCGAUGAGGCCGUCGCCAACGAAGAAGAUCCCGAAACCCGCAAGGUCCUAGUCGCCCUGCGCGCCGUCGUGAAACGAGAGCUCGCCGAGGCUUUUGCCAUCUCAAAAGAGCUCGCGAGCAACGGUGUCAUUUCGAGCAUGUUUCUUUGGGCACUUUUUGCGCCUGGCUCCAUCGUCUAUGGUCGAGAGGGUAUCCAUGAUCGCUUCUACGUUGUUGAUGCGGUCCAAGUCGACCCCUUUCAGACAGGGCUCAACUUGCGCUUCGUGGACUGGACUGGACGUCGGUUUGGCGGGGCUUCUAAGCACAUCUCGAUGCCAAACUUUUUCGGCACCCGACGAAUCACGUCUUUGGCAGUCUACCCAGCGACGUACCUCGACGACUUGCCGAAAGUGCAGGCAAGUUUACUCGCCAGGGGCCGCAAGUUCGCCGGGCUGGCCGGCAUGCAUUACAAGUCCUACCGGUCCUGGUCCGGUGCGAAGGCCGGCUCAUCCGACCAGCAGCAUGAAGAGAGCAGGAUCGUCCUUGACACAUCCGAACAUGCGCGACGUCCCCGAACUCAACCACUGUGGAAGAGGUGCCAGCAUGGGAUUCCUCUCCACACGUUCCUCAUCAGUCAAGAGCCCAUUGACAAGGUGCCCCGAGGUCGGCAUAUACCACUACCCAACCCAAAUCAGAACCCCCAGGGGCCGCCGGUCCCAGGUGCGCCUUACAUGAAUAACGGUUGGAAUAACAAUGUGGUCCCUCAUCCACCUCGCCCUGGUCGUCCCCAUAGAUCUUAUGGCAAGGGCCCACUUGUCCCGGCUUGCGAUAGUGACAGCGAACAGGAUGAUGAUGACACAUCCGAUCGCGGCCUUGCAGCAGCCCGCAACAGGCUGACUGACGUGCAGCUUCAGCUCUGCGCCCCUAAAGUCUGGGGUUACAGCAUGAGGACCAAAGCCUGGCGCACCUUUGAUGUCGACCGUGUAUCAGACAUAGAGUGGAACACGAAACCCUUUGAGAGCCUCGUCCUCCCAGAGGGGUACAAAGACUUGAUACUGUCCUUUGUGGAAAGCCAGGUCAAGGAAGGAGACACUUUUGAUGAUGUUAUCAACGGGAAAGGUGGCGGUCUGGUUAUCCUUCUUGCUGGCGAACCAGGUGUUGGAAAGACCCUGACAGCUGAAUCUGUCGCGGAAAAAAUACAGGCGCCUCUGUACAAGCUUGAGCUUGGAGAGGGCAACUCCGUUCAAAUGAAGGAGACCGACGAAUCUCGAUCGAGGUCUCGUUCGCGGUCGCGACGUCGUAGCCGUAGUCGUAGCCCCGAGCAGGUCAGUAGCGAUGUCAAGACAGCCUUCAAUCUCGCUUCUCGGUGGGGCGCUGUGCUCCUCAUCGACGAAUGCGACCUCUACCUCGAGCAGAGGAGCGACACUUCGACGCAACGUAACAAACUUGUGUCCCGCUUCCUCACGGAACUGGAAUACUAUCCUUCGCUGCUUUUCCUCACCACGAACAGGGAACGCGUUCUCGACCCGGCGGUGUACUCGCGCAUCCACCUGACCAUCAAUUAUCCGGCGCUUGACGCGCCUUCCCGAACCAAGAUCUGGACAACCUUCUUGUCGCAUGGUACUGAGUCCUCCAUCUCAGAACGCGAGCUCGAGGUCUUGGCAAAUAUCGACGUCAAUGGUCGGCGCAUUCGUAAUAUUGCGAAGACAACCAAGAUCCUAGCGAAACGAGCUGGGCGACCCAUCUGCUUUGACGACGUUAAAAAGGUCAUGCGAAUCACAGAGGGUCUCGUCAUCGAGGAUCCUGAGCCUGAGCCGGAGUAUCAGGACGCGCGGGAUCCGUUCGGGCUGGACGGCUUUCAUUAG